UUGUCCUUUUGUGCGAUUUAUUGAAAAAAUAAAGAAAAUAAAAAUAAUGGGGAAAGCAAAUCAAAAGCAUGGAUGUUGAUCGUGCACAUCAACAAACCAAAAACCAGCUGGGGAGAUCAGUGCACACACCACGAAGGUGUGAUGCAAAGAGCCCACGAUCCUCAAGUUGCUUCUGCCUUUUAACCUUUUUCCCUGGACCUGGUGGAAUCUCCUUAUCACACUGUGGGUGAAGAUGUUCAUAUUACACAGGGAAUAAACAAGGCUACAGCCUUGGGUCUGGUGAGGCAUCAGACAGAAAGGAGCCAGAGCCCAGGGUUAAAAGGCAGACUCAGGCCAUGAACAAUCGGUCACCUUGAGAGGGAGAUAGAUUGUCUGUCUGAGAAUGCUCAGUUCUGGGUCUAAUCAACAAGUACAGAAUGCAUGGUCACUAUGCAGAGUCAGAAAUGAACCCAAAAGCAUUAAAGUACAAUUUUUCCAUUACAACGGCGAAGCAACUAGUAGCUCAGUGUUCCAACAUCCACAAACGGCAACUGCUAUCACAACUUGAGAUUGACGAGAUACAACACAAUUCCCUGAGGGGAGGUUUCACCGUCUCCCCAACCGGAAAUUGGGUAUGAAGCCCCAAUGAGCAAAGAUACGCUGAGUGAGGCAGCGAUUGACCUGAAAGAUAAGAUCAUGGCGAGAUUGAACAGGCAACCCCGAACCCCACUACAACGACUAAGUGAAGUACCAUCAGAAAGUUUCAUGGAAGAUGUGAAUGCAGCAUUGAGAGUGAUCCCUACCACAACAAUCACAGAAACCAAUGAGCUGAUAUACGCUUCAGCAUCAGUGAUCCUAGAGGUGCUUGGCUAUAAGAGCAAUUAUGGGAGCCAUGAGAAACAAUACCCACCAUGGAAACGAAGGUCGGAGGCAAAAAUCAAGACAGCUCGGAGGGAAAUGAGCCAAAUGACAGAGGCCCAGAGAGGUGCAAUGAAAAGACCGAUGCCCAAGAGGUACAGCCAGAUGACCAUACCUGAAGCCCUCGAAACUGCCAAGCAAAGGCUACAAGCCUUGGCCAGCCGCCUAAAGAGAUACACCAGAGAUAACGAAGCUAGACGAAUAAACCGGCUGUUCGCAACACAACCUGCGAAAGUGUACUCUCAAUGGCAGGGUAACAACAACAGAGCAGACCCACCAAGGCUGGAAACUGAACAGUACUGGAAAGGUAUAUGGGAGAGGGAGGCAUCACACAACAGUGAUGCACAGUGGCUGGUGGAUCUGAGGGAAGACCACAGCAACCUCCCUGAACAGAACGCAGUGACUAUCACAGUGGCAGACAUCCAACAAAGAGUCUCAGGUAUGAAAAACUGGACAGCACCCGGCCCUGACAUGAUCCACACCUACUGGCUAAAGAAGCUCACUGCAAUCUACCGGCCAAUAACCUGUCUCUCCACAACAUGGAAGCUCAUGUCAGGCAUCAUCGCGGCUAAGAUAAGUGGGCACAUGGGUCAAUACAUGAGCGAAGCACAGAAGGGCAUUGGUAAGGAUACCAGAGGAGCCAAACACCAACACUCCUGGUAGACAGAACAGUCGCCCAAGACUGCAGAGUGCGACACACCAACCUGUGCACAGCCUGGAUCGACUACAAGAAAGCCUAUGACUCAAUGCCACACACAUGGAUCACUGAAUGCUUGGAGCUGUACAACAUCAACAGAACUCUAAGGGCCUUCAUUGCUAACUCGAUGAGGUUGUGGAGAACCACCCUUGAAGCCAAUGGUGAGCCACUUGCCCAAGUAUCCAUCAAAUGUGGCAUAUACCAAGGAGAUGCACUGUCCCCACUGCUGUUCUGCAUUGGUCUGAACCCCCUCAGCCAAAUAAUAAACAAGACUGGCUAUGGAUACCGACUCCGGAACGGGGCCACCAUAAGUCACCUCCUCUACAUGGAUGACAUCGAGCUGUACGCCAAGAGUGAGCGAGACAUCGACUCGCUGAUCCAGCAGCACCACCAGGAUCUACAGCUCGGACAUUGGGAUGUCAUUCUGGCUCGAGAAAUGUGGGAGGAUGGUGACAAAAAGAGGCAAGGUAAUCCACACAGAAGGGGUCUCACUCCCAGAAGGAACAAUAGCAGACAUUGAGGACAAUUACAAGUACCUUGGAAUACCACAGGCAAACGGCAACCUUGAACAGGCAACAAGGAAUGCGGCAACAGCCAAAUACCUCCAACGAGUAAGGCAAGUCCUAAGAAGCCAGCUCAAUGGCAAGAACAAAUCCCGGGAA